AUGGCAGCAGGUGUAGCGGCAUGGCUCCCAUUCGCCCGAGCGGCGGCCAUCGGAUGGAUGCCCGUGGCGAGCACCCCGAUGCCCAUCCCUCCCCAAGACAAGAAGAAGGGCCAGGACGGGCUCAUCAUCCUCAACGUGAGCGGGACCAAGUUUCAGACGUGGCGGACCACUUUGGAGAGGUACCCGGACACUUUGCUGGGGAGCACGGAGAGGGACUUCUUUUUCCACGAGGAGACGAAUGAGUACUUUUUCGACCGUGACCCUGACAUCUUCAGACAUAUCCUCAAUUUUUACCGCACGGGGAAACUACACUACCCGCGCCAAGAAUGCAUAUCCGCGUACGACGAGGAGCUCGCUUUCUUUGGUAUAAUCCCCGAGAUCAUCGGGGACUGCUGUUACGAGGAGUACAAGGACCGGAGGCGCGAGAACGCAGAGAGGCUUCAAGACGACGAGGAGAUGGACAUGAACAAUGACGUCACGCCGGUGAACCUGACUUACCGGGAGUUCCUGUGGCGGGCUUUUGAAAACCCUCACACCAGCACCUUAGCUCUGGUCUUCUACUAUGUCACAGGCUUCUUCAUCGCCAUAUCAGUGAUGGCCAACGUGGUGGAGACGGUUCCGUGCGGGACUCUGCCCAACAGGUCAAAGGAGAUGUCCUGUGGAGACCGUUACGCGCUGGCUUUCUUUUGUUUAGACACUGCGUGCGUCAUGAUAUUCACUGUUGAGUAUCUCCUCCGUUUGAUCGCAGCUCCCAGCCGCUACAAGUUCAUGAAAAGUGUGAUGAGCGUCAUCGACGUGGUCGCCAUCAUGCCUUACUACAUCGGCCUGGUCAUGACCGACAAUGACCAGGUGAGCGGCGCUUUCGUCACGCUGAGAGUCUUCCGGGUGUUUCGGAUUUUCAAGUUCUCCCGACACUCCGCGGGGCUGCGCAUCCUGGGCUACACAUUGAAGAGCUGCGCCUCCGAACUGGGCUUCCUACUAUUCUCCCUCACCAUGGCCAUCAUUAUCUUCGCGACGGUCAUGUUUUAUGCAGAAAAAGGCUCCACAGCCAGCAAGUUCACCAGUAUCCCCGCAGCGUUUUGGUACACCAUUGUCACCAUGACAACACUCGGGUACGGUGACAUGGUGCCAAAAACAAUCGUGGGGAAGGUGUUCGGGUCCAUAUGCUCUCUGAGUGGGGUGCUGGUCAUCGCCUUGCCUGUCCCUGUCAUAGUGUCAAACUUCAGCCGUAUCUACCACCAGAGCCAGCGGGCAGAGAAACGACGAGCCCAGAGGAAAACUCGGCUUGCUAGAAUCCGUGCUGCGAAGAUUCGAGGCACUAAUGCCUAUAUGCGCUACAAACAAAAUGGGCUCCUGAUCGACUCACUGGAGGAGGCUGCCAAGGAGGCAGGACAAGCCCUGGUGGGGAAGGCCCCCAACCCUCCUUUUGAGAGCCAACACCAUCACCUGCUGCAUUGCCUGGAGAAGACCACGAAUCACGAGUUCGUGGACGAGCAGACGUUCCAGUCCAACUGCAUGGAGAUCUCUGUGAUGAACAAGUCGGGCUCCCGUGCGUCCUCGCUGUCCUCGUCUCCGCACGGACUCAGCUCGUGCUGCUCUCGGCGCCACAGGAAGAAGAGCAGCUUCAGCCUGCCCAGCACAAACAACCAGGAGCUCAGCACCAUACAGAUACGAGAGAGGCCAGUGGCCAACAGCCGCUCCAGCCUGAACGCCAAACUUGAUGAGACCGUGCCCUUGAAAUGUGACGAACCUUACAUCACUCCCUCCAUGGUCAGCCUAUCUGCCCCCGUGGUGACCUCAUCAGACGGGCACGGCUCCACCACCACCGCCGCAUACUCUCAGAGCAACAUUGUCCGAGUAUCUGCCUUGUAG